CGCCUCGGUCCUGCCGCCUGUUGUUCCCCAUGAAAGGCAUGAUGCCCGGCUCCAACACCCGAGAGCGCCUCCUCGAACAAGUGCCACCCAGAAGCGCCUCCUGCCUGCCAACCUGGACGCAAGCCACUGCGUUCGCCAACCUUUUGAAGACGAUGAUCGGCAGCGGGCUCCUGACGCUGCCUUGGGCGACGAGUCAAUUUGGCCUCGUCCUCUCGACAGUCGGCCUCGUGUACCUCGCGUACCUCUCGCAGGCGGCGAUCCGAAUGACCGUUCGCUGCGCCGCGCUCACCUCCUCGAGCCGCAAGUCGAUCCUCUCCGAGAUACGCGUCUCCCAGAUCUCGCAGUCCGGCGGUCGAGCUGGAGCGUCGGGCCCUUCCGUCACUCGCAGAGCAACCGUCCGCGACUCGCUCCGGCACUCGCAGAGCAACCGUUCGACGACGGACGGCGAGCCAAAGGACGUCGCGCGCACAGUCGUCAACAACGAGGGCGAUCCGAUGCGUCGCUCGACUGUCGUUUCCGACGGCCACGGAGCCGGCUCGUGGCAGAUCAUCUCGUCGGCUGCCUUCGGUGAGCCGGGACGACUGAUCACCCUCUUCUUCCUCCUCCUCGCCCAGUUUAGCCUGAGCGUGUCGUACUUUGACUAUGUGGCGACCACGACGGAGACCUACCUGCACGUGCCGCACCUCCAGAGCGUCUUCUGCGUCCUCGCGCUGCUCUCGAUGCUCUCGAUGCUCAAGCAGCUCAAGUCCGUCGCGUGGCUCUCCGCCGCCGCGCUCAUCAUCUACGUCUACGUCAUCGUGCUCGUCGGCUACUUUGGGGCACAGGAGCUCGUCGACCCGAGCGGCCCUGCAGGCGCCAACGCGACCGCGGCGGCGCCGCUCGCCCUCGCCAUCCCGUCGGGCCUCGGGCUGUGGUUCGGCCCGGCGCUCUUCGCCUUCGAAGGCAUGGGCACCGCUCUCUCCAUCUACGAGGCGAUGGAGGACGCCGACCCGCGGCCCUACUUUUCGGUCGUCUCGGCGUCGUACAGCGUCUCGCUCGUGCUCUACGGCGCGAUCGGCGUCUUUGGCUACGUUGCGUGGGGCGACGGCGUGCCGCGCGUCGUUGUGGACGCCUUCCCUGCGUACAACACGACGGACGGCAUGAGCCCGUCCUUCGAGGGCGAGCUGACGCUCGUGGCACACCUCGCGCUCGCGAUCAUCCUCGCCUUCUCCUUCGUGCUCCAGAUGACGCCCGUCUUCCAUGUGCUCGAGGAUGUCCUCCACGGCACGCCCUCCCCGCGCCUCCCGCCCAUCCUCUGGCCGCUCACGCGCGUGCUCAUCGUCGGCGCCGUCGCGCUCACCGGCACGCUGCUGCCCGACAUGGAGACGAUGGUCUCGCUCACCGGCUCCGUCGGCUUGUCGGCCAUCGGGUUCGUACUCCCUGGCCUCUUCUUCCUCAAGCUGCAGCCGCCGUCGCCAGGCGAAGUGGCCGCUGGCGGUGGCACGAGCACCGGCGGCAGCACGAGCGCCGCCUCGGUCGAGGAGGGUGAGCACGAGCGCCGCAUCCUCGAGUCGGCGGCGCUGGCCACGACGAUCAGGGCCAAGGAGACCGGCGAGCGGUGUGCGCGCCGGUGGGACACCUUCGUCGCGUGGCUCCUGGUCUUCACAGGCAUCGUUGGCGGCGCAUUAGGCCUCGUGGCCAGCUGUCAGCAACUCGCAAACGGCGACGCGUCGUAGGGAUGCGUGCUCCGACGAUGCCCCUACGUGAGAGUGGCGUGCGUUUCUGUAACACGCGGCGUGGCACGGUCGGACGCUGACGCCCACGCACGUAUUGGCCUGAUGGUGUACUCAGAGCUGUCGUCUGUGCUCGCGCGCAAGGGGUACAAUGCGGCGAGGAGAUGUACUGUCGGAUGGUUAGCGGAUAGCGGGGGCGUGCGGCGGGAUUGGCGUUGGGCGGCGGCGCCCGCGAGGAAGAAUGAACUCGGAGGCCACUUCGAGACAUUCGCCAAGAACGCUAGCUACAUGGGAGGGCUUCGUGAAGGAUGGAUUGAGAAAAACAUUCGAAC